UGGGGCCCCCGGGCAAUAGGAGAUCAUGGGGCCCCUGUGUCCUUGCCCAAACUCAAAAAAGCCUAUGAAAAAGGUACCAGGGGCAUCUCAUGGGGCCCCCUACUGACCCCGGGCCCUCGGGCAGUGCCCGAGUUUCCAAAUGGUCAGUCCACCCCUGGUGAGGACCAUCCCCUCUGGGCUGCUAUCCCACUUGCUCUCAGAGAGCAGCACAGAGGUUUCCAGGUACAUGAAAGUUUGAACCAAUUAAAUGGCAAUGUGUUUUUGUCCUAUAUAUGGCAGCUCCAUGACAUUUUU